UGGGGCAUAACUUCAUCCACCCCUGGUCUUCUUGCCUGGGGUUGGGUUGCAUUGAUCCUCAUUCUGUCCCCCAAUACUUCAUUCACCAAAGACAGCGUUGGCGCAAAAUCUCAGCUACCUUAUGCAUCGAUGUUCACAGCCUACAAGCAGCUGUGGGUGACACUUUGGGAAGAGCCCCGCAUCCUCUUGAUCUGCCAAAAAAUCGAUCAUCACGUCUGGCAGUCAUCAUCAUCUUCCAACAUAGUGACUCCAGAAGCCGAAGAUGAGGAUUUCACAUCUGAUCUAAUGCGCUUGGCCCUUGCCAAUGCUGGACACAAAGACAAAUCUGAUUCAGACUCUUCGACUACUGAUGAUAAUCACCACCCUCCUCUGAUCACCCCCAUUUUACCAACAACUGCUCCCACUGCACCUGGACCCUCUGUCCUCGCUGUACCAGAAUCUACCACCCCCAUUGUCAAUGCUUCACCUGUCCCAACCACCCCUACCAUAACCACUAGAGAGGCACCUCGUACUGCCCAGACCAAUGUCACCCUGGUUCCUAAUGCUCUCAAUGCCAUUUCUAUGGCACUCCCUGCUGUUCCUUGA